AUGGAAUCUCACGACUCCAAGAUCAUCAUUGUCGGGGCCGGCGUCUUCGGCCUGAGUACAGCCUUGUGGUUGUCUCGAGCAGGGUACAAGGACAUAACUGUCUUUGACAGAUGCCCACUAGACACGAAGCAUUACAAUCCGUCUGAUGGAUGUGACGGAGCCUCGGCGGACAUCAACAAGAUCUUCCGAACAGCGUACGGGACGGAAAAGGAGUAUCAGAACCUCGCGAUUGAAGCUCGAAAGCUAUGGCUGUCCUGGAACCAGGAGAUUAGCGAGAGUCCCGCAUCAGACCUUCCGCUCGGCCUUGCGCCAGACGAUAAAGUUCUGGAUCUCUGCGGGAACUUUUUUUUGGCCGAGGGGCCAGAGCUGCGACAGUUUUACAAGGACUCUUUGUCUGUCAUGGAAAAGCUGGAACCGGAAUGUCGAAAGCUCCAGUUUGUCAAGGGCGACAAGGACGAUGAAGAGCGUCUGCGACAAAUUGAUCCUAAGUGGGUCGAGACCUUUCAUGCCAUUGACGGAAUCAAUAACAACAACACCAACGGCUUUCUGGACAUCCAAGGCGGAGUUACUCUUGCAGAUAAGGCCUGUAUCUACGCACGUUUUCUCUGCGAGAAAGCCGGCGUCCGUUUCGUCCUCGGAUCUCCGCAAGGUCAGCUCAAGACUCUGAUCGUUGCCAAUGAGGGCAACGGAAAACAAGUGACCGGCAUACAAACAUAUGAUGGCAAGAGUCAUCACGGAGACAUCGUCAUCGUCGCAUGUGGGGGUUGGACUGCAUCGGUCAUUCCCGAGGCCGCUCGUACUGUCGAAACGACAGCUGGUACGCUCAUGUUCAUCGAUGUACCCAAAGAACGGAAGGACAUAUGGGACAAGUUCGAUUCCAAGCAUUUCCCGGCAUGGUCGUAUAGGAGAGGCGAAGGUGAUGAAUAUUACCAAGGUGGAGGAUUUCCUAUCACGAAAGAAGGUCGAUUAAAGUUUGGCUUCCGCGGCCGCAAGUUCACCAAUUUCCAAGACCAUCCAACCGCUCCCAAUCUCCGUGUCUCCACCCCGAAGACAAAAUAUACACAUGAUCCCAUUAAGACCGUACCCCUAUAUGGUCUCCAGCUGGUGAAGGAAGUAAUCGGAAAAGCCUUUCCCGAAUUGGCUGAAUUCGGCUUCACAGAUUUCAGGCUUUGCUGGUACACCGAUAGCAUUGACAAUGAUUUUGUCAUUGACUAUGUGCCCGGAUAUUCAGAUACCCUGUUCAUUUGUUCGGGAGGCUCUGGACAUGGCUUCAAAUUCUUGCCAAUCCUCGGGAAGCACGUUAAGAACCAGCUGGAACGGAUUCCAGAUCAAUUCACCAACCUUUGGAAGUGGAGGGCCGUCGAGGAAGGUAAAAUAUGCAAUGGGCUGGAGCAGGGAGAGUAUGGACCAAGAGAGAUGUCUAAGAUCCAGAUGGCAGAGCCCCGUGACUUCAAGUUUCCGCAACCAAAUGGCCCAGCUCUUCAGAGUCAGCUUUGA